UCAAUGGUCGAGGACGCCAUGCUGCAAUCGGUGCUGGUUGGUCUCGAUCCUCAUCGCGAGCUGAUCGGGCAGAUCGCCGGGUUGCUGACCGUGCUGCAGUAUUUGGCCGGGUGUUUCACUUGCGCAGAGAUUCACAGGCGUCGCUCGUCCGAGGGCGUUUCACCCGUACGGUUCAUCGGAGGCUGCAGCUUAUCCGUUCUUCAGUUACAGUACUUCCGGAAGUUGCAGUCCUCGUCGCUGGUCGCUACGAGUAUUUGCACACUAAGCUUUUCGGUUCUGUACACGCUAUGGUUCCUCUGGUACACUCCGGCCGCUUCGAGAGGGCCGUUCUAUAGGAAAGCAUUGGGUGCGACCGCAGUCACCGCUGCACUGUGUGCGUUCGGCUCCCAGGCUAACGAUCCGGUCACGUUGCAUCGACUAGGCCUGAUCAUAACGGUUCUGGCUCUGAUAUUCAUUGCACUGCCGUUGGCUCAGCUGCGCAAAGUGAUUCGGGCGAAGAGCACGGCCGGGUUGCCUCUGCCGGCUAUUUUGGCCUCGACGGGAGCAUCCGUCCUGUGGCUGGUGUAUGGAUUGCUUCUCCACAAUUCGUUCAUUGUCCUACAGAAAACCAUCGCUCUGGCGCUGUGCGCGGCGCAGUUAUGCUUGUUUAUCAUUUACCCAGCCACCGGACCGUCGGAAGGGAAAAAGAAACAAUAAUUAUCACCACACGACGGACGAUGCCGAAAGGACCUCAUGUCUGGGUGGUUAUACGUUAUCUGGCCGUGCAGGGUUGAUUUUCAUGGAUUUUGCCCCUUCAAAUACGGCAGGCGUUGGGCGGGCUUUGGUGGCUGUGGCUGUUAUUUUUUCACUCUGCAAUGGCCGAAAAUGGUUGACUUUUAACGUGCCGGCUGGAGCCGAUAACGGCGUCGUUUCGUUUAUCGACUGGCGAGCGUGGUCACAAUGAUAAACCUAGCAGGGUGUGCGUUUGCCACUGAAGUGGUUGAUAGGAGCGCGUCCUUAAAGUGGACGAUGGAAGAGUAAUGAAUUUGUUGCUAUGUUUCGUGAAAACCCGUUAUUAUUAUGCUGGUGUAGCUAAUUUCAAAGAUUGUUUCCUAUUUACACAAAAAGGGCAAUAAUUGAGGAAGAUGUUAUAACGA